UCCACCUUUCCCUCCUAAUCCCUCUUUGGUUUUCCCUCCAAAUCCUUCCCUUCACUACCAAUUGAUGCUCCUUCGUUUGGGUUCCUCGCCGUGUUCCCUACAGGCCAGAGCAAUGGCCGCCUCCUCGAAAACCAUAACAGAUUUCUUCCAAGCAAACCCAGGCCCAGCCAAGCGUCAGAGACUCUCCACUCCUUCCGAUGAUCACCAACCUUUUCCCUCUCUUACCGCCGAGCAAAAAUCUCGCAUGGAAUUUAACAAAUGCGUCGCCAAAUCAAAACGCAACCUCAAAAUCUGUUCCCAGAAGGUGUCGCAGUCCAAGGUUGAAGGAUCGGGUUUCGUCAAACUGGAGGAACUCUUGGUGGAGGGCACGUGGCUCGAGGCCCUACCCGGAGAGCUGCAGAAGCCUUACGCUACUAACUUGUGCAAAUUUGUUGAGAGAGAGAUAUCCAGUGGCAGCGUGCCCAUUUAUCCUCCCCAGCACUUGAUUUUCAAUGCCCUUAAUUCUACUCCAUUUAGCAGGGUCAAAGCAGUUAUUAUUGGACAGGACCCUUAUCAUGGACCUGGUCAAGCGAUGGGGCUUUCAUUUUCUGUGCCAGAGGGAGUGAAGGUUCCCUCAAGUCUGGUGAAUAUAUUUAAGGAACUUAAGCAAGAUCUUGGCUGUUCGAUUCCGUCCAAUGGAAAUCUAGAGAAAUGGGCUGUUCAGGGUGUUCUUUUGCUCAACACUGUUCUCACAGUUAGGAGGCACCAAGCUAAUUCUCAUGCAAAGAAAGGAUGGGAGCAAUUUACUGAUGCUAUUAUUGGAACUAUCUCACAAAAGAAGGAAGGAGUUAUUUUCCUCCUCUGGGGGAACUCAGCUCAAGAGAAAUCCAGGUUGAUUGAUCAGACAAAGCAUCACAUUCUCAAAGCAGCACAUCCUUCUGGUUUAUCUGCAAAUAGAGGCUUCUUUGGUUGCAGGCAUUUCUCUCGCACAAACCAGCUGUUGGAGCAAAUGGGGAUUCCCCCAAUAGAUUGGCAACUUUGAUUUCAAGGGUCAUCAUUCGCGCCUUCAGUUUGUAUGCAAACUAAUCGAUAUUCUUCCACUUGAAUUUUGCUAGAAAGGCAAAAGUUAUGGGGAUUCACUGCACAAAUUUUGUUUGCCUAUUUACAGAAGACACUUUUUGUGAUAUGCUUGUCACCGUUCAGUGAUCCUCAGCUGGCUUUAGGAGCCAAAUUUUGUACAUCAUGUAGCUAAUAUUGUCCAAUGAUAUCAUGCUUAUUGCUGACUCUGUUUUCUAUC